AUGAUUCAAAUUGCAAUUGCCUUUGAUAAACCAAAGCUUAUUUAUGUGCACAUUGUAUGGCGACACGGUGAUCGCGCACCAGUUAUCAAUUAUCCGAACAAUAUUCAUAAAGUUAAAUAUUGGCCUAAUGGUUAUGGGGAACUUACCGAGAGAGGCUUGAGCCAACAGUAUGCGCUUGGACGGAAAUUGCGAGGGUAUUAUUUUAAUAACAGUAAUGAUAAUCAGUCUGAACCGUUCAUUUCAAGGCAUCACUUAUAUAAACAGGUUUAUAUCCGAAGUACUGACAAGAAUCGAACAUUAUUAAGUGCGAUGGCAACGGUUGCUGGUAUGUUCUCGACGGAUGAUGUGUCUGAUAGAAAGUUUGACAAGAAUGAUAAGGACAGCGAUUACAGCCAAAUGGCAUGGCCUCAUGGGUGGAUACCUGUACCGGUGCACACAAUCAUGACUGAAUCACGAUUUGUAGAUAAUCCAUUUUAUCAGUGUGAACGUGCCGCGAAGUUGGAAGCAGAUGCGUAUAAGAGUGACGAUUAUCAAAACAUGAAACGUGAGCACAAAGAGUUUUUAGAAGAUAUUGCAAAUAAAUCCGGUUCACCGACUACAAUUGAAAACGGUUUCAUCCGUGAAUACGACUGUUACUUUUGUGAGCACGAUAUCACAAUAAAUGCUCUAAUGAUAGCUCUGAACUGCGAGUUGAACGUACUGGGUAAAUUGUCAGAGAUUGGUUAUGGGGCAAAUGUCGCUUUUGAAUUGUAUCUCAUCAAUAAUCUACCCUAUGUGAAG